AUGGCAAUGAACUACUUCCAGACAGCACCUUAUAUAGUGAAGGCAUGUGGCGUGGCCGGUGUGGUAAAGGCUACUUGUUUCGACACUGUAGCCGAUAUGUGUUUGCGCCACAUAUCAGAGGUUCCAUACGAGGCGCUUUCUCAGUUUGUCCUUGGCCUGGGCUUGUUGUCAUCAGGAGCUGGAUACAGCUUCCGUAGUGUUGAUCAGCUAGCAUCAGCAGUGAUGCGACAGAUUGAAGUUAUUCCCGUUCCUCCCGAUCUCACUCCAGUUGUGCGAAUGCGCAUCCUGAAGGGUCUCGUUCUGAGUGGAAGCCUAACCCAAGCCACUGUAGCAUCCGCGAUAGAGCACUUCACUGACGUCUAUGCAUUUGGCUCAUCGGACAUCAUUGAUAACCGGUUUGUCGCGGAUCUACUCUUCGUCAUGGCCAGGUCUGGAGUGGUAAAUGAAGAUCUUCUAAGGAGUAUGCGUGCUACAUUCAGCGGGUCGAAGCUACGCAAGUGGCCAGUCACCGACCUCGCUGCAGUCUUUUUGUGA